UUUCUCCUUAGAUCUCUCUUGAAGAGGGCUGGUAUAUUUGUGCCUGCUGGAGGUGGAAUUAACUGUAAGAAGGAGAAAAGAUUGAAUGGAUUUACAGGAAGGAUUUCAAGUAAACUCAGGGAAACACAUUUACUUGAACAGUAUAACCUUGGGUCUUGUUUUACACUGAGACCAUACAAGAGAUGUUCAAGUUAUCACUAGGCUGCCGGACAAAUAUAAUUCUAACAGCAAGGUGCAGAUCAGCGUAGAUCUGUGAUUCUGACCUCAGGAUUUGUCUUGGAAAGAGUUCAAGCAGUGAGAAGAAGUCAGAGCCAGUGAAGAGAACUUGGGAGCUACAGUUUAUCAGAAGACCAGCUUUCGUCAGUUCAAAUACCAAAGGCCUGAUUAUCAUAAAUUCACAUAGGAAUGCAUAGGUUAUUUGAUCAAAUAAUUUUAGCCAGCUUUUGCUACAUCAAUACUGCAAGAGUUCUUAACAACUGUGGAUAAUUUGAAAUCUGAAUUUCAGCUUUCUUAGAAAUAACUACUCUUGACGUAUUUUAAAAUAUUUAAAACAGGAGAAGAAAAUGGAGUGAGGCUGAUGUGUUCAGAAAUAUCACUGUCAUGAAGAAUAGGUAAAUUUGUUUUUACAACUUUACAGCUACUGGAAGAGCGUACCUCCAAGGAACCUGGAUCAUUUCUAUUUUCAAGUGGACAAGAAGGAUUAAAAAUACCGACUUUUGCUUUUUUGUACAAAAAUGCGUUGGACUGUAUUUUUACUUAGGGGUAUUGUGGGCUUCCUCUGGAGCGUCUGGGUUCAAGUGGGUUGUGCAAAAGGAGGUUUGGGAGACAAUCAUGUUCACUCCAGUUUUAUUUAUAGAAGACUGCGGAACCAUGAAAGACGGGAAAUACAGAGGGAAAUUCUCUCUAUUUUGGGUUUGCCUCACAGACCCAGGCCGUUCUCACCUGGAAAACAGGCAUCUUCUGCACCCCUCUUUAUGCUGGAUCUGUACAAUGCCAUGGCCAGCGAGGAGAAUCCUGAAGAGUCGGAAUACUUGGUGAGGGUAUCCCUGGCAGGAGAGGCCAAGGAGGCAAGAAAGGGGUACCCAGCCUCUCCCAAUGGGUAUGCUCACCGUGUGCAGUUAUCUCCAAGGAUUCCUCUCACUACCCAGAGCCCCCCUCUCGCCAGCCUACACGAUACCAACUUUCUGAACGAUGCUGACAUGGUCAUGAGCUUUGUCAAUUUAGUUGAAAGAGACAAGGACUUUUCUCAUCAGAGAAGGCAUUACAAAGAAUUUCGGUUUGAUCUGACCCAGAUUCCACACGGAGAAGCAGUGACAGCGGCUGAAUUCCGGAUAUAUAAGGACAAGAGUCACCAUCGAUUUGAAAAUGAAACAAUUAAGAUUAGCAUCUAUCAGAUCAUCAAGGAAUACACAAAUAGGGAUGCGGAUCUUUUCCUGUUGGACACGAGGAAGACGCAAGCUUUGGAUGUGGGUUGGCUUGUCUUUGAUAUCACUGUGACCAGCAACCAUUGGGUGAUUAACCCACAGAAUAAUUUGGGUUUACAGCUCUGUGCAGAGACUGGGGAUGGACGCAGCAUUAAUGUAAAAUCUGCUGGUCUUGUGGGAAGACAUGGACCUCAGUCAAAACAGCCGUUCAUGGUGGCCUUCUUCAAGGCAAGUGAGGUACUUCUUCGAUCUGUGAGAGCAGCCAGCAAACGGAAAAAUCAAAACCGCAAUAAAUCCAGCUCUCAACAGGACCCGUCCAGGAUGCCCAGUGCUGGAGAUUAUAAUACCAGUGAACAAAAACAAGCCUGCAAGAAGCAUGAACUCUAUGUGAGUUUCCGGGAUCUGGGAUGGCAGGAUUGGAUUAUAGCACCAGAAGGGUAUGCUGCGUUUUAUUGUGAUGGAGAAUGUUCUUUUCCACUUAAUGCUCAUAUGAAUGCCACCAACCAUGCCAUAGUCCAGACUCUGGUACACCUGAUGUUCCCUGACCACGUUCCCAAGCCUUGUUGUGCUCCAACCAAACUAAAUGCCAUCUCUGUUCUGUACUUUGAUGAUAGCUCCAAUGUCAUUUUGAAGAAAUACAGGAACAUGGUAGUACGUUCGUGUGGCUGCCACUAGAACUAAUAGUGGUAAUAACAAAACUGUAUUGUUUUCAUGACUGCAAUUAAAAAAAAAGGAGAUAAAUGGG